UAGACCUCACUGUUUAUUAUACAGUUGAAAGAGGUUGAACAGCCUUACACUUGCAUGACUUCACGCUUCAUAUCGGGUCGGCAGUGCGAACGCUCUUUCUAAAUGCAUUUCCUGUGCCUGUCUCAGAGUUUGAUGGAGAGCUGGUCGGAUGACAGCUGGAACUGUUGUCAUAACCGGAGGAAUACUGGCCACAGUGAUACUUCUGUGUAUCAUAGCCGUGCUGUGUUAUUGUAGACUCCAGUACUACUGCUGCAAGAAGAAUGGGUCUGACAGCGGCUCCAUCUCCCAGCAACACUUCGCCUGCAACGCCUGCAGUGUCUCAGGCCUGGACGGACCCAUCGCCACCCCGCUGUCCCUGUCGCCACCGGUGCCGCCCAAAUCCUACAAAACCACCAAAACCACCAGGGGGCGACGCAGCUACUGCCCCACCUGCUCACCCUACGACUCGCCCUUUUACAUCCGCACUACAGAUGAAAUGCGCAAUGGUGGCGAGCGCAUCACCUACAUGCCCACGCACUAUGACAACCAGGCGCUGUCGAUGCCGUUGCCCGCGGUCCGAGGCUCCCUGCUGAGGGAGACGCAGCGAGGUCGGCCUCCUGACUUCUACACCAACACACGCGCCAUCAGCACCGAAGUGUGACCGCCCCCUCCCCCCUCCUCUCUAACGAAAAAAAGAAAAAAAAGAAAAUUCCUCCUUGACCUUUGACCUCUACACACACAGAUUCCCCUGUGUUCCCUUACACACACCAGCACCACCACUAACACAACCACUAAACAAAAACAAAGGCUGUUUGUGGAGAUUCCUUUAUCCCGUUUAUUCGCUGAGAAGAUGAGACUGACUAUAAACGGACGCCGUUCAGCCUGAGUUCGUCCUUUAUACUCUUAAAUUGUACAUUUUCAUGCUCACUCAGAAAGUAAUAAUUCUGCGAUUCACAGUAGAUAAAAGUCCCUAAACCCUGAAUUAGGGGUGUGGCUAAACGCUUACACUCGUUCACUAUCGACUGUUUCCGUGUCUUUACCGACCGAGGGCUAUUACGGAUAAGUUGUGGGAUUAUUUUCAUGCUACAUAUCUUCCCAGUGACGGCCAUGAAGUAAUAUAAAGAGGUAAGUAGCAAGAAACGCGAGAAACGAUGCCCCGUGUGGUCCUGGGAGGCGUUCAGAUAACGUUGAGGCUGGACGACUGGAGAUCUCUCUAUGCAAACUACCGCAGCUCUUCAUCUCCUUUCAGCGAUUUUCAUGUCAUCGGUGAUAUUGUGAAGGGGGUAAUAUUGGGAUUGCUGUGCCCAGCAGUGAGGUGUGGUGGUGAGGCACGUGUAGAUAGACACGCUGUGAGCGUUUAGCUCGAGCUUCCCCUCGGAUGUGGAAACCUGUGAACAAAGGAUGCCCGAGCCCCCGAACGCAGCAGUGGGACGUGAAAUGAACUGAAUGAAAUUCUCUUUACUGACAGAAAUGCAAAAAGUUUGAAAUGUAAAUAGUAACCAGAAAACAUUGGUGACGGAGGGGGAGAUGCACGCUGGGUGUUUAAAGAGGGAUUUACUGAUUCGUGCUAUUUUGUCUACGCACUCUUCCUGCGCUCAUAACGAUGCAAAUAUCCACAUUCAUGUUGUUUUCCCUGUGUGGUGAGAAGGUGUGCGUACGUCAUCUCACAGUGAUGCUUUUCUACAUGAUGCUGUUGCUUGCGAUAAUAUUUGCUGUUGUUGUUUUGAUAUCUGUGUGUACAGCAGGAGUCGGAGGCCUGAAGAAGCAGAGCAGGAAAGCUUUGGGAUUUGUGUGGGAAUGUUGGAGAGAUCCAAGUAUUUAGGAACAAAAUCAGAUGCACUUUUCGAACCUCUCCUCCAGCCGUGCAUAAUCAGACUUUAUUACCAGCUUCUUAAUUACUUUUUCAUAAUUAAAUCAGUUUUAACUGCAGUGCCAUUAUUGUGCUGUGCAUAUCCAACCUUCUGAAGACCACAUGAAAGAAUUGGUUUUCUCCAGAUGAACUAACACGAGCAAAUAAAGAACUAACAGCGUGUGUGCAGAGGUUUCAGUGGGUGAGCUGAACGACGUGGACGCGUUGCUGCCGCUACGAUAGUUUUAUUGUCAUUAUUCAAUUAUUUAGACAUUGUAUUACCUGCUAUCUAUUUUACUCUUUA